AUGUGCCCAGAGAUGAGUGUUAUGGAUUUGAGACUGAAGUUGUUGAUUGGAGACUUGACAUUCCUAGAGAUCAAAUUUAUUUCUACUAAUCUACAACCUCCAAAGAGUGACACACACACCGCAGAGGCAGUGACAUGUAAUGCCACGGAGCUCAUGCCAUGCCUGGAGGCGAUCACAUCGUCGACACCUCCAUCAGAGACUUGUUGCAGCAAGCUGAGGGAGCAGACGCCAUGCCUGUGUGGUUACCUCGAGGACCCAACUCUUAAACCAUUGGCUAACAAUCCCAAUACUGCAAAGGUUGCUAGCACUUGUGGAGUUGCAUAUUCCCAGUGUUAA